AUGAAGGCACAAAUUCGUAGUGCGCUCGUUAUCACUGAGGCCAUUGAAACCAUGGUCUUAUUCUUCAAUUACCUUCUUGCCCCACAGUAUCAAAUCAAGACAACCCACCUACUGCAAAUGCGUGUGUCCUGCGUCCUAGUCGCUGCAGCUGCGAUCGCUGUUCUCACAAACAGUUGCGGCGCAGCCCCAACAUCCAUCCGCGCGCCCGAAGUUUCGACGGACACAGUGUCCGAUGUGCGUGUUUUUCCCGGUACGAAGCAACACGAUAGAAAGACGCUACUGCGCAGCGAGCUCGAGGAUGAAAACGAGGACAGCGAAGACGACGAAGACAACGAAGACAACGAAGAAAGGAAGUUCGGUGCCAAUCUCUUCAACGCCCCAAACCUUGACAAAUUCGUGGGGCUCCCAUGA